AUGUGUUAUUGUGAAGAGUCAACAACCCCUAUAAUCAUUCUACUAUUGCUAAUUGCUGGGGUUACAGCAGCACAUACAGGACAUACUAAAUUGUCAGAUGCCAAUAACCAGUUUGCAUUUGAACUUCUGAAAACCUUCCCCGGUGGAAAAAAUGUGGGUUUCUCUCCUAUUGGUAUUUACGUGUCUUUAGCAAUGGCUUAUGCUGGAGCAACAGGAGAAACCGCUGAACAAUUGAACUCCUCACUUCAUUAUCACAAGACUGAAAUGACACGAGAAACAUUCCAUCAAUCAUUUAAUUCUUUAAAUAAUACAAAUGCCGUACGUAAUGUAAAUCGAUGGAUUUAUAGGAAUACGAAUAGAAUAAUACGUAAUACACUAAAAGAAUUUCCAAAAGAUACAAGAAUUUUACUGAUAAAUGCCGUUUACUUUAAAGGAACUUGGACCCAAAUCGAAAGGAACGAUUGGAUUAAUUUAAAUGUAUUUUACGAUUAUGGUAAGGAAUUACAUUUAACUCCAAUGGUAAAUCUGAAAGGAAAAUUGGGUUAUGGAAAUUAUCUAAACAAUACUGAAGUAAUAAAUUUACCUUUUAGAGGUAAACAAUACGAAAUGUUUAUCAUACGACCAUUGGGGAAUUAUUCAUUGAGUCAAGUAGAAAAUCAAAUUGAUUACGAUGUAUUUGAAGAUAUUAGAAAAAGUUUGAAAGUUAAACACUUAGAUAUAAAAUUUCCACGAUUUAGAAUGGAAAAAUCAAGGAAAUUCAAAGAGAAUUUACAAUACUUGGGUAUAGAAAAUACGUUUUCUAGAAGAGCAAAUUAUUUCGAAAUUAAUUCGAAAGACGAUUUCUAUAUUUCUGAUAUUUUACAUAAAUCGAUUAUCGAAGUAAAUGGAAGAGGAACGAGACUUUUCAGACCGUUUUUAGACAGAAGAUCUAAUGUUAAAUAUAUGAAAAUGGUCGUCGAUCAUCCAUUUAUGUAUUUAAUUCGAGAAAGGAAUACGGGAAUGAUUGUGAUGAUUGGACGAUUGAACAGCUUAUAA